AUGUUAUUUUUACGUAUUUUGAAUUGUGAAUUUUUCAAGAUCAUCGUUCUUGAUUCUGGUGAAAUGAAGGACAUGUUUGAAUGGGGGUUGGCAGAGGAUUUCUCUAAAUAUACGGAAGUUCAGGUGGUCAGUACAGAGUCAAUAUCUCGGUUACUUUGUGUUAAAUGUGAAGAGACAUUGGAGAAAUGCAAAGAUUUUAAGAUGCAAUGUGGACAAUCCGACAGACUCCUGAGAAAUCUUGUUAAGAAAACCACACAGUCGCCACUCCCACAGGCAGAAGAUGUGAAGACGUCGUGUAUAUUGUACGAUGACCGUUUAACUGUGACUAUCACAGCAAACGAUACCAAAGAGAGAAUAUAUUAUCCAUGCCCGUACCAAUGUGUAGACAAAUUCUUGAAGAAACACGACCUUUUAAUGCAUCUAGUCAAAAACCACAAGGUUCCCGAAACCUUUAAAAUCGAUCUAAAAUACUAUUGCUCUUAUCUGAACUGCUCUUACAACAUAUUCGCUGGUAGCAAAUGGUUUUCAGGCAGAAAAUUUCUCAAUCAACACUACAAGAAAGUCCAUAUGAGUAAAAUUUAUUCAUGUGCCGUCUGCAAUUCGAAGUUCGCUACAGACUCCGAUUUCAAUCGGCAUUUGCGGUCUUGUAACCAGUCUUUUGAGUGUGAAGCUUGCGAUGCGAAGUAUACAUGUAAAGAGAGAUUGACUGUGCAUUUACUGAGAAGACAUCCGGAACUGCAUAAACUUUAUAAGGACGAGAAGAGAGCUAGAAAAAGGAAAGUUAACCAAGACACUGAGACCAAAAAGGCCAAGAUUGAUUCUGAUAAGAUUGCCGAUUAUAUUCGCGACAGUCCUAAAAGAACAUCUUCAACGCAAACUUCUAUUCUGGAAGCCAACAUAAAGAAUGAUGUAACAUUAAUACCAUGGAAUUCGAUGCCAGGGAAAGGCGAUUACACUGAAGCGAAAACCGAUGAGAUUUCAACGCAAACCGUAUUCGAAGAUCUACUAUCGAUUAAAUCACAGACGAGCGAAGACGAUUCGAUAUUCUUCUCUGAAACUGUGUCCCUCUCGGAUAUACAAACGCAAACUUUCCCUUUAGAGUUUGGCUUGAGCAGGUCCAAUAAGAAGACGGUCACAUCGGGAACUCAAUCACCAGAUUUGAGCAUCAAAGAGACUCAGACUUGUUUCUGCUUGUACCAUUCACCGAAACCUAAUUAUAGGUUGUUUGACAGUAUUUUCUCGAGCCCUUCUAGUACAAAUUUGAUAUCUGCUGAGACUCAAACUUGUGAAACUAGGUCGAAUAUAAAAUCGGAUGUUUUGCUGAGUUUCAACUCGGCGGAAACUCAGACGCAUUUCAACGAGGAUAUGAGUAAAGAUAUUUGA